UUUCUCGCCGCCGCUGCAAGGAUCGCAAACGUUUUUUUCGGCGUUACCGUGGUGUUUUUUUCCACGGCGUGCCAACAAAAAAAAAAAAAGGGGGCUCCGCUGGUGCCUGUUCUGGCUCUACCAGCCUGCUUGGCAAGCCGAGGGAUCCCACUUCAUUUGUUCGAGCAUAUCGCGGCUCCUGCUCGAAACCGCAAGCUAAAUUGUGGCCGUAUUUUGGCGUCGGGGGUCAUGUAAGAGAUGCCCCACAGGACGAGUGUGUGUACACCAAAAUAAUUACCAGGCUGGCAAAGCACGUUAGGCGACAGAAAGGAUCCACGAACGGCUCGUCGCAGCGCUUCAGAGAUGUUACAAAUGUUUCCACACUUUACCCCGUUUACACCCUGUUUUUUCAUAAUCCGAUAUGUUGAAUGAAUUGUUUACAUGAAUGUAAGGGGGGUAAUGAGCUGGAGAUUUAAUUUAAAUCGAUCGCCCCCCCUUCGUGCAAUCAAAACACAGCUUCAGGUGUUGCUCGUGUAGGAAGAGAGAGAGAGAAGGAAAGAAGGAAGGUGGAAAUGGAACUGCCAAAUCAUGCCAAACAACUGCUGCUGCAACUCAACCAGCAGAGAGCCAAGGGCUUCCUGUGUGAUGUUAUCAUCGUGGUGGAGAAUGCGCUCUUCCGUGCCCACAAGAACAUCCUGGCGGCAAGCAGCAUCUACUUCAAAUCUUUGGUCCUCCACGAUAACCUCAUUAACCUCGACACAGAGAUGGUUAACCCCUCUGUAUUCAGACAAGUUCUGGACUUCAUCUACACUGGGAAGCUCCUGUCCUCGUCGGACCAGAGCAGUGAGCAGAACUUCAGUGCCCUCUUAACCGCAGCCAGCUACCUCCAGCUCCAUGACCUCGCUGCUCUGUGCAGAAAGAAGCUCAAGCGCAGUGGUGGGAAACCCCUGCCAGGUAAACCCUCCACUCCAGGUCCCCUUAGCCGCUUACGCCUCAACAACCAGCGCCUUUCCUCUUCUACCCCUGCUGGCCCUAAAAACCACUAUCCUCCGACCCCUUCUGAUGCCGACCAGCCACAGCCAGAUGAAGGCCUUCGGGACAAGCUCUCAGACGACGAAAUGUUUGUUGGCAGCUCUGGGAGGAAUGGGAAUGGGGGGAAUGGCAGCAGUAAUGGUAACCUCAGCAGUGGAGGAAGUGCUGGGGAACCAGACCUUGGACUAGACCUGUCCAAGAAGAGCCCUCCCUCUGCGGGCACAGCCACUGAUGCCCUAAGCCCACACAGCAACUCCCAAGAGUCCCCUCAAUCUGCCUCAGUAUCCACAACCAACAGUGCCUCACUGGAUGACUCCUCUACCACCCUACCAGGUGGAGACACCUGUGGCUCAGAGACCCUAGAGAUAAACAACUCCUCUAAAACCUCAGAGGAAACCCAAAACCAGCCUGAAGGCCCUCCGCCUCAGAAGAAAUCCCGGCAGGGUGCUCGGAAGAAUGAAUGGCCUAAGAGAGAGGCAUCAGGGUUGAAGUCUGAAGAUCAUGACAGGCCACUGGUUAAUGGGGUGAUUGUGGGUCCUAAAGAUGGCCGCUCCUCUGGGGUUGGAGGGGGCAGUGGUAGCAGCUUCACCUCUGACCAGUCCUUACAGUGUAAAGAUGAGGAAGAAGGGGGAGAGAAUGGCCAGGAUCACAGUGAUGAGAGUGGGCAGAGUGACGGAGAGAGUGCAGGAGGUGGAGGAGGAACAGGAGGGGGACACGGUGCCAACUACGUGUACCGGCAGGAAGGUUUUGAACCAGCAUUCGGAGACAACCUCUAUGUGUGCAUUCCCUGUGGUAAGGGCUUCCCUAGUUCUGAGCAGCUCAAUGCUCACGUGGAGACACACACUGAGGAUGAGCUCUAUAUCAAAGAGGAGGGAGGGACCUUCGUGAAAGAGGAAGAUGAGGAGGAAGCAGAGGACCUUUCUGCCCCUGUGGGCCCCUCCACCUUUGGCUCUGAAACGCGCCCAUUCAAGUGUACAGUCUGCAGUAAGAGCUACAAAGACCCGGCAACGCUGAGACAACAUGAAAAGAGCCAUUGGCUGACCAGGCCUUUCCCCUGCAACAUCUGUGGUAAAAUGUUCACCCAGAGGGGCACCAUGACACGCCACAUGCGCAGCCACCUUGGGCUCAAGCCGUUUGCAUGUGAAGAGUGUGGCAUGCGUUUCACACGCCAGUACCGUCUGACAGAGCACAUGCGUGUCCACUCUGGGGAGAAGCCCUAUGAAUGCCAGCUAUGUGGGGGGAAGUUUACCCAGCAGCGCAACCUCAUCAGUCACCUGAGAAUGCACACCUCACCCUCAUAGAAAUGCAUCAAGCCAAAGAACUCUGGGAAUAGAAAAAAACAUUUCUGUCUUUUUCCCAUCUCAACAGCAAAGAAACGCACAUGUACGCAUUCACAUGCAGACACACACAGUUCAACAUAAUAAUUCCAGUUUAUGACGCCCUGGCUAAGUGAAUGAUGUAGCUGUUAGCCGAAGUGGGCUCUUGGUGACGGUGGGAUCUUGUUGAUUCGAGGAUCGUGUCAUCAUUUAUAUCAAGUGACGUCUGCUCACCUCUCAGGAGUUCUAGAGGGACAAUUACUCCUGUCUCUCUCCAAAGUCACAAAGCCAUGGUGGAGUGGCAUGACUUCUGGUCUGUAUUGUAAGUCUGUCAAAUGUGAAUGUGGGUACUGAUAUAAUGUCAAGCCCCCUCACCUCAUACCCCUCAGCAGCCUUUCUACCUUCUACCUUUGCGCAUUGAGUCUGAGUUUUUCAGAUUGUCCCUCAAGCUGAUUGACUCAAGAGUCCCCUCUCUACUCCAGUGCUAUUUUGACCAAAAACCCAUGCAAACAAUACUGGCAAUAAUUCAGCAAAAAGAUUAUUUCUACCCAGACAGCUUUAUAUCCUUUGUUAUGUUGGUGAUGGGGAUCUGUAUGUAAGAGGAGGGGUAAUGGGGUUUGGGACCAUCUCAAUGCUUUAACUGAAAGUCCUGAAAGAAGGUUCAUGGUGGGAUGACAUUGGAUUAAGUUUUAGUUUUUACAAACAACAAAUACUCAAAGUCCUCUCUACAGCUGUUCACAGUAACAGAGAGGAUUAUCGGUUGUUUUCAGUUUUGCCUGCUAGUGCUACCAGGAGUGAAUCCUGGUUAGAAAGAUGAACCCCUUGAGGUACUUGUUUUACUUAAAAAACUUGUAAUGUUUCAGUGAAUGUUUUAACUGGAAGGUCUUGGGAUUUUUCUUGUGGAGGG